GUGGGGCGUGGAGGUAGUUGGGGUAGGCUUGCGGGGCUUCCCAGCCAGUAGUUGGAGUCUCGGAGGCAAAGGCGGUGGUUGAGGUGGCGUAUCCGGAUUGCGGUCGCGAUGUUUUUGCAGUAUUAUCUCAACGAGCAAGGGGACCGGGUCUACACCCUAAAGAAAACAGACCCUGCAGGACAACAGACCUGCUCAGCUCACCCUGCAAGAUUCUCCCCAGAUGACAAGUACUCAAGACAUCGUAUAACUAUCAAGAAGAGAUUCAAGGUUCUCAUGACCCAACAAGCACGACUGGUCCUCUGAGUUACCAACAAAGCAAGCAAUGGCAACCACCAAGGACUCUGGCCCAAGAACCUUUUUCUACAUCUAGGAGACCUCAUUCAGGAAGAGCUCAAAUCUUUGAUUCUCUUAAUCCAUUCUCACAACUUUGAAAUUAUUCCCUUUGUACAUGAUAGCAAUCAACCUAAAAUGAAAAAGGACUAAAGUUGUCACAUCUUUUCAAUCAAUGCUAUAGGCUAUUAAAGCUGAAAUGAUGUAGAGAUCUAGUUUCUUUUUUAAUUGGGGGAAGGAAGGUCUUAUUUGAAUUGAUUAAAGGGAGCUAGGUGGGUCAGUGUGUGGCACUGCUGUGCCUAGUCCGGAAGACCUGAAUUCAAAUACAGUCUCAUUUACUAGCAGUGUGACCCUGUGCAAGUCAUUUCAUCUGUCUGCCUCAUUUUCCUCAGCUAUAAAAUAGGGAUACUCAGCACCUACUUUGAAGGAUUGUUUUGAGGAUCAGAUGAUAAUAUUAUCUGUCAAAAAGGUGCUUAACACAGUACCUGGAAUAUAGUAGGUAUUAUAGAAAUGCUUAUUCCCUUUCCUGAUCAGAAAGGUUGUCUUUGUUCUAAGGAAAAUGCUUUGUAAACCUUAAGACACAUUAAACACUUAAUGUGUGAGCUAUCA